AAUAAAGCGAAAAUCACAGCAUUUUGUUCAUCACCAGAUUCACACGCAACUUGAAAAAGAAGUAGUACCUUUACGACAUCCUAACUGAGAUCAUGGGAAGAAGGAGACACUCUUCACUUUUUCAUACCCAAAUCAAUAACCAACAACCCUUUCACUCUUAAGUCUUAAAACAAACUCUAUUACUCUCUCUUUCUCUCUUUAAGCUUCUUUCAUUUCCAAAUAACAUUCCUUCCCUAUUGCAAGAGUUCACAAGAGAAGAGAGAAACUAUAAGCUUUUUGCUCAUAGCGUCACAAGCACCUUGCUUUCUUUUACUUUGUCUUUUCCCCACUGGUACUUGGUUUGUAUUGAUUUCUGGGUCAGUGUAGUUUUUCUUUUUCCACGAGUUUGGUCAAUUUUCAAGUGAAUUUGUUAGGUGUGGGGUUUUGAUUUUUGGGUCGCCAUGGAUCUGGUUGGAUCUUCUGGUUUUGAGUCCUGCAGCGUCCAAGUGAGGGUCAAAGUUUCGUUUUUUAUGGUGUGAUUCAGCUGCUGAAUGAGUUUGAAAUGGUGGGGCAGUUCUAGCUGAAAAGGGGGUUGGGUUAGAAUAUGAAGCGUAAGGUGAUUCAGCACAAGUGGAAGAAGAAGCUUUUUGCUUUGAUCUUGGUGGUGUUUUGUUUAGGAAGCUUGUUGUUUAUGCAGACAUGUUAUAAUCAUGUUGCGGGGUUGGUUUCAUUGCAACACCACUUUGUUUCUGAGCCUGAAGUUCAGGGGCCAAAGAUUGCGUUUCUCUUCAUUGCAAGGAACAGGCUUCCUUUGGAAAUGGUUUGGGAUGCAUUCUUUCGGGGAGGCGAUAGCAAAUUUUCAAUUUUUGUUCACUGCAGGCCAGGAUUUAUUCUCAACAAAGCAACAACUAGAUCAACAUAUUUUUUGAAUCGCCAAGUUAAUAAUAGCGUACAGGUUGAAUGGGGAGAAGCAAGCAUGAUAGAGGCUGAGCGCGUCUUACUUAGACAUGCGCUUAGUGAUCCUUUAAAUGACCGCUUUGUUUUCCUCUCAGAUAGUUGUAUACCUUUGUACAACUUCAGCUAUACGUAUGACUACAUCAUGUCAACAUCAACUAGUUUUGUCGACAGCUUUGCGGACACGAAAGAAGGCCGUUACAAUCCAAAAAUGGAUCCUGUUAUUCCUGUCUAUAACUGGCGGAAAGGAUCUCAGUGGGCUGUUCUGACCAGAAAGCAUGCCAAGGUCGUAGUGGAGGAUGAAACUGUCUUUCCAAUGUUUCAAAAAUAUUGCAAGAAAAAGCCGCUACCAGAAUUUUGGAGGGCUCAUUACAUUCCUGCUGACACAUCUAAGGUGCAUAACUGUAUACCAGAUGAACACUAUGUCCAGACAUUACUGGCUCAAAAUAACCUUGAAGAAGAAAUCACACGAAGAUCAUUGACACACACUUCUUGGGAUAUUUCCAACAACAAGGAUCGGGAGCGCCGUGGGUGGCAUCCAGUAACUUACAAGUACUCAGAUGCUACACCUAUGCUUCUGAAAUUUAUAAAGGAAAUAGAUAAUAUUUAUUACGAAACCGAAUACCGAAGAGAAUGGUGCAGCAGCAAGGGUAAAGCAUCAACUUGCUUCCUUUUUGCAAGAAAAUUUACUCGGACUGCUGCUUUAAGGCUUCUAAAUAUGUCUGUUAUGGGAAAUUUCAAUUAAGAGAGCACAAAAUGCUCAUUGUCAGUCAGAGGCUUAUACAAGCAGAAAAUACACUUAGCAAAGCAGAUAAGAGGGAGAUAAUGAAUAAGGUGAAGCAGUUGAAGAGUAUUUGUGGCCAUAUGUAUAAUGAAUUGUAUAUUUACAAAUUUAAGAGUGCCUGUGGUGUACAUUUAAUGUUUUUUCAGAAUAAUAUUUAGAAGUUGGGACACUUCUAAGUAGUGGUCAUGUCAUGUAAUUGUCCAUGCUAGAUGCUGUAUGGACACCUCAAAUUUUUGUAUGUGUUUUAUAAUUUUUGUACUAUAAUUUUUUUAAAACAUUUAUAUAAUACCACUAAUAAGGUGACAUGAUUAGGAGAUAA